CAUUCUCAAUGUGCGAAUGACUGAUGACUGGGAGGGCCAGGUGCUUAUAAGGGCCCCCUGAUGUCAGAGGACCACUUUCUCUCUCUGAGCUUCUCUGCUACUGUAGUUCUCUUCUCUCUGCUGGACAAGACACAAUUUUGGAAGAUUUACGAUGGAUUUUCUCCGUGCUUGCGUUUUGUGCGUUGCUGCUUUUUUCACCGUCUCCAAGGCUUUCACGCACAAGGACAUGAAGGAUGCCCUGCUUCAGAAACUUGGGCUGGAUGAAGUUCCGAAAAUUCACAAAAGGGAUUUGGAGAAUCUUGUAAUGCCUGCGCACAUUAAGAAUAAAUACCUGUCAAUGCUGAAGCUGCACCACGAAAGGCGGCGCAGGUCUCUGCCAAGCUUGGCGAGGAUUCUGAGAGGAAUCCCAGGAAAUGCAGGUAAGAUCAUUUUCUAGUAGGCCUGCUUGAGACAUAAAUACAACUGAAUUGUAUUUUGUAUAUAUAAAAAUAGCAAUAUAUUGCUUGGAUGUUAUAUUUACUUGUUGCAGACCGAUUUUGGCACAGGUGCACAAAUGACUGUUUUGUACACAUUUUGUGCGCCCUCAUAGUUUCAACCCAUUCAUGCUAGUCAGCAUUUUAGACUCAAUACUUAAUAAUUUCUAUGUUCUGUUUCAUAAGACAUCUAUGGGGAGUUUGUGUACUCGGACACCACUCGGCAACGGAUGGUCUUUGACAUGGACACCCGCAUCCCCCAUAACAGCGAGGUGACCAUGGCCGAACUGAAACUGUACAAAAAAGCCCCUCCUCACAAGCGCUCCAUGCCCGAAAAGAUGAACCACCGUCCGGUUAACAACGCCAGAGUCUCCAUCUACUGGGUAGAGAUAUUGGAGAACGGCUCCAACACAACAUCUCUGGUGGACUCACGGUAAGAUUUUACGCAAAGCCAUGUCAUGUCCAGAUCAUUUCCGUUAGGCAAUGUGUUGUUCUUUGUUCUUAUAAUUUAGAACCUAUGUGCAAGAUUUUUAAUCAACCAUUUAUUUCCUGUAGGUUGAUUCCCAUCCAUGAGACUGGCUGGAUAAGCUUUGAUGUCACCCAGGGUGUGCACUAUUGGUCAAAGACGCAGCAGAAAACACCUAUGAACCUGGAGGUGUGGAUCGAGGGCGAGAGACCUGGCAGCUACGCGGCAGAAAUGGCCAAGAGUGUCCACUUUACCACCCAGGACCAGACGGAAAACACCUUGGGAAAACCUGAACUGAUCCUCUACACACUCAACCUCGAAGAGUUUGGGUAAGGCGCGCUUUGUUAUGCAGAUUCAGAAUAUUUUAAAAAUAUUGUUACGUUGGUCCAGUGACAAUGACCCUACCUUUACGCUUCAAUUAGUGCAAGUUAACUAACGAGUCCCUAUUUCUUUGUUUGCAUAGGUCUCGAGGCGACUGUGAAACCAAUCCAGAUAAGGACACGUGCUGCAGAGAAAAAUACUUCAUAAAUUUCCGCGCGCUCACGUGGACCCAGUACUGGAUAAUCGAACCCGCGGGCUACCAGGCCUACCGAUGCGCUGGGGGGUGCAAGCAGCCAAAGCGCAACUACGGCUACGGGGAGCGGAAGUGUACCAUCGCGGAGAGCGCCCCGCUGCCCAUGAUGUACCUAGUCAAGAAGGGUGACUACACCGAGAUAGAAGUGGCCGAGUUCCCCAACAUGAUCGUGGAGUCGUGUGCCUGCACUAUGGACAACAUCUCCAUAGUUUGA